UUUUUUAACGUCUUUACACUCAAUAAAUUAUCAGUGAUAACAAAUAAUGGCUAAAUUACACGAUUUGUGUGAAAAAUAUUUCGGAAGUCGUAAUUUUUACGAAGUCUUAGAAAUUCCAAAGACUGCAACCGAAAAACAGGUAAAAAAAGCUUAUCAUAAAUUAUCACUGCUGGUGCAUCCAGACCGUGUUGCUGAUAACAAAAAGGAAGAGGCGACUGAAAAAUUCCAAGUACUGGGUUUCAUACAUUCAAUAUUAAGCGACACCGACAAACGUAAAAUUUAUGAUGAAACUGGACAAUAUGACGAAGAAAGUGAAGAAGUUGCGAUGCGUAAUUGGGCUGAUUAUUGGCGGACUUUGUUCAAGGAAGUCACCAUUGAAGACAUCAACAAAUAUGAAAAAGACUACAAAGGAUCUGAAACUGAGAUAAAAGAUCUCAAACGUGCUUACACCGACAGUAAAGGUGACAUGGACUACAUAUUAGAGGCUGUGCCAUUCACAAACUGCGAUGAAGAGCCGCGUUUGCAUUCAAUUAUCCAGAAACUUAUUGAAGAUGGCGAAGUCCCUGAGUACAAAGCAUUCACUAAUGAAAAUGAAAAGAAAAAGGCCCGACGUAAACGCAAAUGGGCAAAGGAAGCUGCUGAAGCUGAACGUCUUGAGAAACAGAUGAAACUUGAAAACGAUGAAAAUAAUAAAUCAAAAAAUAAAAAUGAUGAUCUUGCUUUGGCGAUACAGAACCGCAAUCGUGAACGCGCUGGACAAGCCCAGAGUUUCUUUGAUUCGCUUAUUGAUAAAUACGCAAAGAGCGCCGAGAAACCGGCUAAAAAAAAUUCAUCUGUCAAGAGAAAGAGGAAGCCUUAGAAAUAAUUAUUUAUAUUUAUUUUUUUCCUACGAACGUUUACAUGAAUAUUAUAAUCUAAGAUACAUUUUUAAAUUAACUAUCAUAAUAUUUAAAAUAAUAAUAAUAAAUUACAAUUACAAUAGCGAAAAAAUAUAUAUUUAAUAAUAAGUUAUAAGUAUAAUAAAAAAUAAACUUUUUUCUUUUUGUAAAAUUCAUUUUUUUUUGCCUUGUAUUGAUAUUUAUAAAUAAAUUAUUGCGUUUCCA